AUGAAAAUGGAUUCGUUCAAUGCGAAGCUCAAACAAUUUGCCAAGGAUUUGUUUGCAAUCGAUGCCAUCAAAUUUGGAGAAUAUAAAACCAAAGUUGGUGUGAUGACCCCUGUAUACUGUGACCUUAGAGUUAUUGUAAGCUACCCUAGAACCAUGGAAACCUUAGCUGAUCUUCUAGUGACAUACCUAGAAAAUAUAAGCAGAUUUGAUUUGUUAUGUGGUGUACCAUAUACAGCUCUACCAAUCGCAACUGCAAUGUCUUUGAAAACUUCCAUACCAAUGGUGAUGAGAAGAAAGGAAGCCAAAGACUAUGGCACCAAAAAGCUCAUAGAAGGAAUAUUCAAAGAGGGACAAAACUGUCUCAUUGUAGAAGAUGUUGUCACCUCUGGAAGUAGCAUUUUAGAAACUGUAAAAGAUCUCAAUGGUGCAGGGAUAAAAUGUACUGAUGCAGUUGUUUUGUUGAAUAGGGAACAAGGGGGCUCAGAAUUCUUGAAAAAUAAUGGCAUUCAAAUGCAUAGUUUGUUGAGUAUGACUCAGCUGAUGGAAUAUCUGCAUGAAGCUGGCUGUGUUGAUGAUGCUAUGGUUGAAAAAGUAAAGAAGUACUUGGCUGCAACUCAAAUUGAUCAAACUCAGUUGACCAAGACAAUAAAACAAGAUAGAUUGAGUUUGUCAUUCAAAAGUCGUGCAAAACUAGCUAGAAAUCCAGUAGCUGGGGAGCUAUUUGAGAUAAUGUCUUCAAAAAAAACUACAUUAUGUGUAGCAGCUGACCUAACAAAUUCCACUGAUCUUCUGAACCUUGCUGAAGAAGUUGGGCCCCAUAUUUGCAUACUGAAAACUCACAUUGAUAUCCUAGAAGACUUCCACCUGAAUCUGAUAAAACCUCUCAUAGAAAUAGCUCAAAGACACAACUUUAUUUUAUUUGAAGACAGAAAAUUUGCUGAUAUUGGAAAAACAGUGGAGUAUCAGUAUAGCUCAGGGGUUUAUCAUAUAUCUUUAUGGGCUAGUCUUGUUACUGCCCAUUCCUUGAUGGGCAAAGGAGUCCUGGAUGCUCUGAAACGUAGUGGUGGAUUGUAUAAGAGAGGGGUAUUUCUUCUGGCAGAAGUUAGUUCAGCUGGUAAUUUGAUUAAUGAUGGUUAUGUGAAGGCAACAUUGGCAAUGGCUGAAGAAUAUCCAGAGUUGAUAGCAGGUGUCGUGUGCCAGAGCCCCCUUUUCCGAGCCCACCCUGGCCUAGUCCAGCUGACACCUGGCGUGAGCCUCGACGCCGAAAAAGACGCGCUCGGCCAGCGGUACGCCUCGCCGCGCAACGUCGUUCUGGAGCGCGGCGCCGACGUCGCCGUCGUCGGCAGGGGGGUGACGGGGGCCAAAGACCGGGGGGCGGCCGCCCAGAAGUACAGGGAGGUACUGUGGGAGGCCUACUUGGGGAGAGUUGAAGAAGCGUGA